GGAAUUCGCCUAUACACAAUCGCCGUAACCCAUAGAGUGGUGCGGUGGUGGCGUGGUGCCGCUCGCCUCCGCGCUUCCUCCUCCGGUCGCCGCCGCCGCCGCUCGGCCACUGUCGUCUGCGUUUCAUGUCUAGACUCCUGCCACGCAUCACCCCGCUCCCGCAUCGCCGCCGCCGCCGUCCCAACCCUUUGAUCUCCCCUGCCGUCGCCGCAUCGCUCGCCCGCGUCCUCGCCACCCGCUCCACGGACCCCACCUGGGCUCGCUCCCUCGCCGCGCUGCUCCCCUCCCCGCUCUCCGACGCCCGCCUCGCCGCCGCCGUCUCCUCCCUUCCCGACCCCGACCUCGCCCUCGCGCUCCUCUCCUGGUCCCACUCCCCCGACCACCAUGGCGCCCUCCCCGGCCCUACCCCUCUCUCCCACUCCGCGCUGCUCCGUCUCCUCGCGCGCUCCCUCCGCUUCGACGCCGUGGAGGACACGCUCCAGUCCAUGUCUCUCGCGGGCGCCGCGCCCACGCGCGCCUGCCUCGGCGCGCUCGUCGCCGCCUACGCCGACGGAGGCAUGCUCGGUAAGGCCACCGAAAUGUGCGAGCGCGUCAGGGAGCAGUACGGUUCGCUCCCGGAGGUGACCCAUUGCAACACUCUGCUCAAGCUCCUAGUGGAGAAGCGGCUCUGGGACGACGCCCACAAGUUGUAUGAUGAAAUGCUUGCGGAGGAGAGUGGUGCGGAUAACUACAGUACCUUUGUGCUUGUCCGGGGGCUAUGCCUGGAAGGGCGAGUGGAGGAGGGUUUGAAAUUGAUUGAGGCAAGGUGGGGAGUUGGAUGCAUCCCGCAUGUCGUGUUCUAUAACGUCUUGAUCGAUGGGUAUUGCCGGCGUGGGGACAUGGGUAGAGGAUUGUUGCUCUUAGGAGAAAUGGAGACAAAGGGAUUCUUGCCAACCGUUGUGACAUAUGGAUCUCUUAUAAAUUGGCUCAGGAGGAAAGGUGACCUAGAGAAGAUUGGUAGCUUAUUCUUGGAGAUGAAGAAAAGGGGAUUGUCCCCCAAUGUCCAGAUUUAUAACAGUGUCAUCGAUGCUUUGUGCAAAUCCCGGUCUGCAACACAGGCAAUGGCGAUCUUGAAGCACAUGUUUGCAAGUGGAUGUAAACCAGAUAUCAUCACAUUUAAUGCUUUGAUAUCUGGGCUUUGCCAUGAAGGGCAUGUCCAAAAGGCUGAGCAUUUUCUGAGGGAGGCCAUCAGGAGGGAGUUGAACCCAAAUCAGUUUAGCUAUACUCCAUUGAUACAUGGCUUCUGUAUGAGAGGACAGUUGACAGCUGCAUCAGAUUUUCUUGUGGAAAUGAUGGGCAGAGGGCAUGCUCCUGAUGUGGUCACAUUUGGAGCACUAAUUCAUGGUCUUGUAGUUGUUGGGAAGGUUACUGACGCUUUGGUUGUCCGUGAGAAGAUGGCAGAAAGGCAGGUGCUCCCAGAUGUUAACAUAUAUAAUGUAUUGAUUAGUGGUCUAUGCAAGAAACACAUGCUUUCUGCAGCUAAGAACAUUCUUGAGGAGAUGCUUGAACAAAAUAUCCAAGCUAAUGAGUUUGUUUAUGCCACAUUAAUUGACGGGUUCAUUAGGAGUGAGAAUCUUGGUGACGCAAAGAAAAUAUUUGAAUUCAUGGAACAAAAGGGCGUCCGCCCUGAUAUUGUUAGCUGCAAUGCCAUGAUAAAAGGCUACUGUCAGUUUGGAAUGAUGAGUGAGGCAAUUCAAUGCAUGAGUAACAUGAGAAAGGUUGGGUGCAUCCCAGAUGAGUUUACAUAUACUACAGUUAUUAGUGGCUAUGCUAAACAAGGUAACAUUAUUGGAGCUCUAAGGUGGUUAUGUGACAUGAUCAAGCGGAAAUGCAAGCCAAAUAUUGUCACAUACUCUUCAUUAAUAAAUGGGUACUGCAAGAUAGGUGAUACAGACACUGCAGAAGGCUUGUUUGCAGAUAUGCUGGCUGAAGGUCUAUUUCCUAAUGUGAUAACUUAUACCACUCUAAUUGGUAGCCUGUUUAAAAAAGAUAAUGUACUCAGAGCUUGUUCGUACUUUGAAAGCAUGUUGUUGAACAAUUGUUCUCCUAAUGAUGUUACUUUGCAUUAUCUAGUCAAUGGGCUCACUAGUGGAAGUGCCAUCAACAACUCAAUCAGUUGUAACACUUAUGAGGUUCAUGACAAGGAUGUCCUUUUAGUUGUAUUCAAGAAGUUGGUUUCUGACAUAGGGGAUUUGAGGAAUUCAGCCUACAAUGCCAUCAUCUUCAGCCUGUGUAGACAUAAUAUGCUUGGGGAAGCACUGGAUUUUAAAAACAGAAUGGCUAAAAAGGGCUAUGUGGCCAAUCCUGUCACCUUCCUUUCACUCCUUUAUGGCUUUUGUUCUGUUGGGAAAUCAGUGAAUUGGAAGAACAUCCUUCCUAAUGAAGUUCAGAGAGAUGAAUUCAAGAUAAUCUUUAGGUACAAAACUUUAUUUGACCAAUAUGUAGCUGAGUCAGUUUGCUAUGAAGUCUCCAGCGUUUUACAGCAAUAUCAUGAAGAGUUCUUGCAACAAGUGGAGCAGAAAUUUGCUAAUUCGUGAUGCCUGCCUACCUGGCCCCUGCAAAUGAGGGAGAUCAUUUUCUUUCCUGGCCAGCGAAGUCCCUGGACAAAUUCAUUAAUGAAGAAAUGUGAUUAUAGCAUACAAAGUUAUAACAACAAGGUUGUUGAUAAGCUUAUUUUAACAAGGUCAUUUCCUUAAUAUGGAUAACAAGGUACUGCAAGUGCAGAAAAUAUAGCUUCAGAACUGAAGGUCACCCCAGCACAUAGUUCACUGCGAGUCCACCCUAUGGGUGUUUUCUGCCGAUCGAUUGCUGCAGCAAACACAUUCCCCUGCACACUUCAGUAAAUCUUUGGCUGCAUCUAUGGAUGCUUCAGCUGUAAUACUGAAAGAUCUUGAGGAGCUUCUGGAAAAUUCUCAAGAGAUAAAUUUGCUGUUCUUGCCAUUGUAGAUUCUCGAGUACUUGAGAGCUUACAGCUGAACCAAAAUGGAACGUUUUCCAGUCUAAUUUUAUUUUUAAUUAGACUCAUCUAGAUAUGCAUGAAAGCAAUAAUUCAAAAGGAUGGAGUUUUGAUAUGCUUAAUUGGCCUGAUCAGAAGUUCUAUUGGAAUAUAACUAGUUCGUCUAUUUUUUUGUGAUAGUUGAAAGUUGAACUUGAACCCUACUGUUUGAGGAUACAAGUACUUUAAGUCGUUUAGAUUUUACAUGAUUUUCUUAUUUUACCAUUUUUAUUCUAUUUUUUCUUCAAGGAGCAAAGUGAGGCCCGCUUUGCUGCUGUAAGAUGGGCAACAACACUAUACGAUAUGAAGCACUGCCCAAGCCGGUAUAUUUACAUUUUCUGCUAGGCAGUUAGAAUUUUAAUCCACUGGGUUAAGUUUAGUUUGCAUCCCUAACUAGUGAUGAACUGAUAAAGGUGAUGUCACUUGCUGGAAAGAAAGUACAUAGCUCAGUGUACAAACUCAUUUUGUCAUGUCCUUUCUCAUGCUUAGAUGCUUGCAGCCAUGGUGCUUUUCAAUCAGUCUUCAAUUAUCCUAUCACUGUAGAAAUAUAUUUAAAAGUGUAACUGAGGGCUACUGCGCUGUCAUUUGAA